CUUUUUGGCAACCCUAUCCGCGGCGGGGUUUUUAAUUUUUGACAGAUUCCGUCGUUAAUUUUAUUUACAUACAAAAUCUAGUUUUACUUGUUUAUUCGUAAAAUUACAACAGUUUGCAUAAAAAUCAAUGUAGGAUUACUGCCGAAAUUUGCCAUGGAUAAGUCGGACUACCUGAACCAGAAAAUGCUCAAACCUCUGAUGCCGGAGGACAUGAGGAGUGAACUGAUAUCGGCCCUCAAAUCACAAAACGUUCACCACAAUCGGGUCCGAUCCGUUAGAAAUUUCAAGAAAUUUCCUCCGCCAUCGAUUCCAUCAAGCCCGGCUAACCAAGGUGCUAGCAAUGAGGACGACAAGCGAAGCAACCUCCGAUUGCAGGCAAUCCAGGAAAUUCGGACGUCGGAGGUUUCCUACUUGAAGCAGCUGGAUCUGCUGAUAAACUUCUUCGUGGCGCCACUAAAAACGAACGGUCUGAUUCAGGAACGAGAACAUGGACAACUUUUCGGCCAGCUGGAAACGAUCUACAAUCUGAGUCAGGAAUUGCUUAAAAAGUUAGACGACGAUCUGGACAAUGUAGUCCGGGCAUUUAUGAACUUGGGACCAUUCUUCAAGCUGUAUUCGGUGUAUGCGUUCGAUUAUCGGAACUCGUUGUGUACGCUGCAGACGCUGAUUCAGAAGAACGCCGCGGUCAAACGAUUCAUUGCCAAUGCGGAAUCGCGACCGGAAGUGCAGACCAAGGUGAUAUCGUUGUUGAUUACACCGAUUCAACGGAUCCCGCGGUACAAGCUGCUGUUGCAACAAGUUCUUCUCUAUACUAGUCCUAGCGAUGUAGCGUACAAGCAACUACAGGAAUCGAUAAAACUAGUGGAGCAAUCCGUUUCCCACAUCAACUCUGUGGUGGAGGAUUAUGAGAACACCCAAAGACUGAUAACGGUUCAGAAUGCCUUGACCAACAAAUCGCUGAAGAUUGUGAAACCAGCGCGGAAGAUUCUCAAGGAAGGCGUUCUGCGGAAGCUGAAAACCGAUGGGUCCACGUCCAAGAAAUACUGCAUACUGAUGUCCGACAUGUUCAUCUACUGUCGAAUGCUCAAGGACCAGGAUCAUCUCUUCUCGGACAAUGGGCUGGAGUGCUGCUGUAUUUUUCCGUUGAAGAAGUGCAAAGUGAUGGAACUGUUCAGUGGGAACUUUAAGAUAACUUGCAGCGGCGAUGGCACCAUAUUUACCGCUGAUAAUCCGGAGGACUGCCGCAGUUGGUUCCAGGCCAUUCGGGAGGCCAUUGAACUACAUGUGCAGUGUAGGAAGACACUCAGGAAGCUGUCGAGCAACAGGAAGCCGAUGCGCAAAAAGCACAUCCAAAAGAUGGAACCGGAGGACGACUACCUUUGGUUGUUGCGGCGUAAAACGGCCAGCCCGAUCAAAUCGCCAAAAGCGCGAACCAAUAUGUGGCCAUUCCGGAACAUGGACUGCUUGCGAGCGAAUCGACGCCGUUCGCUACAUGACGACUCGCUUAUGGCGGCGACGACAACAACGACCCUCGGCAGUCGAUUCGAAUCGGACAGAAUCGGCUAUCGGAACCAAAGAGCCGUUGCCAAUGAUGAGAAUAGCGAGAUGAUGAUGCCGAGGCCAGAUCCGGUACCUAUGGACUAUGUAGAGCAGGCAGGUUCCAGUGGUGGCCCUCGUAGCAACGCCACGGGACCACCCAAGAAACAGGUUAGUUUUCAGUUGCCUGCUUCGUACUAUAAGCGAUGCUAGAGGUAGGUACGUUAUUUAUUUUUUCAAAAGUAUUUUUCGUAAGAUUAUUUGAAUCUCAUUUUACACACUAUCAUACUGUAUGAACUCGUACUGGACAAUCUGUCUAUCUAUAUUGCUAUUGCUAGAUCUGAAUUUAAUAUAUGCAUUUUUUU